GUUUUUGAUUGAAAGGUUUCAACCUAUGAAUCAACAUAUUCUACAUUGCGACAUCAUUUCCCAGUCGUCAACCGAUAACAGUCAGCGUCUCUGUCUGUUUCAUUCAUUUUGUCACAGUGGAUUGACAAUGAUGCAUCUCUGCAAUGUGAGAUGCGGGGGGGGGGGGGGGUUCAGGAAUGCAGAAAAAUGUCAUCCGAGCAUGAGCGUUUCUCAUCAAGAUCAUGUGAGAGCUCGUGUGAAAAUAAGUAUCACGGUUUGAGUUUGGUGAUAACGCGGUCCGAAAGAAAUCACUUCUGCAGGACAAAAGUCGCUCGUGUUGUUGCUCCAGUUAAACUCGCAUAUUGAUUAUUGAUUGUGUGUGUUUGCCGUUUUGACUUUGUCCCAAAAGUGAAGAUUAGAGAAUAUAGACCGCAGUCAUCGAGAUGCGGAGUGUCAUACAGUCUCAUCCAUCACGGUUUGAAGACAAAGAUUCGGGAAAUGUCCUCCUUUACUCGACCUGCGAAGACAAUGAGGUUAAAGUAAAGAUGAUGAUAAUUUUCUUUAUAUAGCGCUUGUCCAAAGCAAGUUACAAAGUUCUGUACAAACUAUGUUAAGUGAACAGAUUAGAAAUGCAAAUAAUUCAGAUUUAAAGUUCAAAAACUGAAGGCAGCAAAACCAUAGAAUGGAAACAAUUUCAGAAAUUAAAUGAAAAUAAUAAAAUGUUAUAAAUAUAUAAAUGAAUUAAGAUAAGGUGUGUCCACAAGGGAUUCAAACAAAGAAUUUGGGGGCAUCAAGUUGUCGAGGACCAAUUUCUUUAUAAAAAAACCCCUGUGUUUUCUGUUUCAUAGCUACACAUUCUUUUGUCAAUGGUUGGACGCAUAAAAGAAUAAGUAUAUAUGGGUGAAGUAAUCAAUUCAAAGUGACUCAAUCAUUGGGUUAAUGACGAAAGCAAACAAACGCUUAACGACAUUACCUGUGUGUUUGUCUUAUCAGCCUCCUCCGCUGACCCUCCUGUUCAACUCUGCAUCCGAUCUUUUGUCGGGGGGGCGCCCAACCCCGAUGAAGAGAUUGAAAACACUCAGCUCAGAUGUGUACAGCGGCACCAACCUCUCCGAAAAACCAAUGAGGCCCUGAGAACGCGUGCGCGGAACCAAUCGCGGCCCGGGAGGACGACUCCCAGCCAAUCAGAGCUCCGGGACUCUGAUGGAUCUCACCUUGGGCCGAUCAGAGCUCAGCUGCUCACAUGCUUGGAAGGCCACCAGCAGCAGCAGCCGAGGACUAUUUGGAGGUUCAACUGUUUUGUGGGAGACGGACAAGAGGAGGCUGAGACCAAGGAGAUAAACAGGGAGAAGGAAAGGAGCCAAGUAAAGUUCAUGCCGGAAGCACAGAGAGCAACGUGAAAAAGAUGAGAAGGGGAUUGUGCUGACAAGGAGCAGAACAACAGGAACAACAAAGUAGGAUCAGUGAAGGUUGACAUUUAAAGGAGGAUUGGAAGAGAAAAGCUGUGACUCGUACCCGAGAGGAUGAAGGUGGGCGAGAAGAAGAAGGCGGCGCUGCUGCUCGUCACAGAGAGCAUUGAGAUGGAGCUGUUCUCCUCAGAGGAGCUCUGCGCGGCGAUGCCAACGCAGGCGGCGGCGGCGACGGCGGCAGCGGAGGAACGCCGCUUUCACCAGCGACACCAGGAUCAUCCUCUGGUCCCGGACUGCGAGGAGGAGCCGGAGCCGGAGCCGGAGCCGCAGGUCCCGACCCAACCCGGGCAGCGGGCCAAGCCCAAACCAGAACCGCCCGCGGGGGAGGAGACUCGUCACUGCGCCGCCGCCCCACACUUCACGGAGGAGAUGGAGAUGGAGAUGGAGGUCUUUCCUCUCCUCACGGUGUCCGAGAGUGAGCAGGUGGAGGUCAAAUCAGACGAUGCUUCCGUCAUGAUCCCAGCAUCGGCCAACAAAACGAGUCGUCUGAAGUGGAAGCGACUGGUUCCGCAGAGGACAGGACUGGUGGUCAAAGAUGUGAUCUGUCUGCCCGGAAGACAAUACCUGGCACGGCUGGAGAGACACGUCCUUCCACAGGGCAAAGAGCGAGCAGCUCUGGUCGCCAUGGGAAUGACUGCCCGCAUCACCAUAGACUCCAGUUGGUCAGCCAAUCAGAUGGAGAGUCGGCUGGCGAUGCUCUUCAGGGGGAAGUUUGUCAAACGGCCGGGACAGAGGUUCUCCUUCAUAUAUCUACAGUGUUUGCAGGGCUCCAGGGUGCUGUUUGUCCCGGACGCCCCUGCAGGCGGCUGGACGGGCGAACAGGUUGUCAGGAUCUCUGGACAUGGGCCUUUGUAUGUCUUCACCCACCAUGACUUACCGCAGGCAGAAUCUGAGCGGUCUGCAGGCGAGACACCUGUGGUGGACAGGAAGGAGUUUUUUCUUGAGGCCAGCACAGAGAGCUGCGGCCAAGAUGAAGACGAUCCGGUGGGAGACCAGACCCACACUCCUGUUUGCAGGACCACAGAGGAGUUCACGCUCGACCUGGACACCGUCCUGAGGCUGUUCCGACAGGAGAAGAUGGAUCGAGACGUGGAAACCCACGUCCAGGUGAGGAGGAGGGACCUGCUCCGCGGCGCCCUGAAGGUCGUGAGGAGGCCGGGUUUCAGCUUCAGCACGACACCCGUCAUCUCCUUCAGCGGGGAGGAGGCCGACGGCCACGAGGGGCCUCUCAGGGAGUUCUUCAGGUUGACUCUCCUUGAGCUGCAGCAAAGUUCCAUCUUCGAGGGUCGUCCAGGACGAGCGUUUUUGACCUAUGACCUCACGGCUCUUGAGGACGGGAAGUACUACGAAGCGGGCGUUCUGAUUGGCUGGUCCCUGGCGCAGGGCGGGCCCGGGCCGCGUUGUCUACACCCUGCACUUUUCCAGUUGAUGUGUGGCCACAAUCCAUCUUCGGAAGACUUCAGCUGGACAGACAUUGCCGACGCUGACGUACAGAUCCGACUGCAACAGCUGCACAGUUGUACGGACGUGAAGCUAUUGUCUCCCAGUCUGUGUGACUGGGUGUCCAGUUGUGGGUUCCCUGGAAUCUAUUCUGCACAUUCUGGGGAUUUACCAGCCAUCUAUAACCGCCUUGUCAAACACCACAUCUACCACAGGGUGGCCAGUAUGAUCUCCCGGUUCACCGAGGGGAUGAACAGCUGUGGUGGAUUGUGGGAUACGGUGCUGUCCCACUGGCAGGCGUUUGUGCCAGUGAUGACGAGCGCACAGCAGGAGCCUCUGACCCUGGAACAGUUCAGGCAGCUCUUCGACGUCUGCUACAGCCGCCGCGACUGUCGGCUGCGGGCCGCCGAGGAGGCGACAGUUGGACACUGGGAAACGGUGCUCGCCUUCGUCGGAAAUGGUCAGGCGGAUUUUUCCUUCGAAGACGUCCUCGCCUUCAUCACGGGAGCCGAUCACCUGCCUCCUCUGGGGUUCGCCAGGUUGAUCUCCCUGUGUUUCUACUCGCAGGAUGGUCUGCCGCACGCCUCCACCUGUGCUCUGGAGCUCUUCCUGCCGAGGGCAGUGGCGGGGGCUGCGGACCUGCUGGCGCUGCUGAGCAGAGCCGUACACGAGGCCCUGGGCUUUGCGCGUCUUCAGGGGGAGGGAGACGGAGAGACGGACAUCUGCACAGAGCCCGAUGACAAGCUCUGGAACUGGAAGCCCUCCUGAAAACCUCACGUCCCGCCAAAGGUGACCUCGCUUAGACGCUUCCGACGAUCGCUUACGAGAACGCCUAGCCAGGUUUUUGUUUAAAGCUUCAUUCAUUCAGAGUACGGUGUAUAAUAGCAGCCGUGUACACACUGUAAUUACCUUUGUGUCAUGGAAAUAACAAUGUCUUUUAGAGGACUAGGGCACAUGAUUAUAGUGAUUGUGACCAUAACAAGGGUUAAAACUUAUGGCUGAAGUAUUUAUCACAUCAGAAAGGAUGGAUUGUUGUUGACGUACUGUACGCAACUAAAGAUUAAUUCUAAAAGAUAAGUCGGUCGUCCAUGUUUUGUUUUUAAUCUUUUAAUAAUUAUUCCAAUAAAAUAUAGAUACCAAAAUCAAAGUUAUGCACCUCCGGCAUUUAUGUACUUUCAUAGACUGUCUUUUAUCGUCCAACCGAAUAGGUUGUGUGUUAACGUAUAGAAUUUCACAUCUUGCAUUGUCACCUCUGAUAUUUGUAAUUUGACACGUCAAACCUUGUUAUGUGUUCAACAGGAAUGUUUUCGCUCUAUUCAAUUUUUUUUUCAAAUGUUUUAUUCGUGAUCUCGACAAAUUUGAUAUCCUUUUGUAUGCUUUCAAAUCAAAUGAUGAAUAAAGUUUCUUUGAAAAUA